UUUCAAAGUCCACUAAAACUUCAUGAACUUUGAUAGAGAUAUCGUAUUUGUAUUUAAAUUUUUUACAAUCGGUUUCUUGUACUGCUAAUUUUAUAAACAUGCUACCCAGAAAUUACGUCCUAACAUUUUUUAAACGAAAUGAUAUCCUGAAGACGCCACGACGAUUUUUAAAUUUGUUAGAAUACCAAAGCAAAAACCUUCUCAGAAAGAAUGCCGUCGCUAUUCAAGACUUUUGUAUGAUAGAUAAAAAUGGAUCGCAAGAAUUAAACAAUUUCAAUGUUAAAGAGUAUGUCAUCAAAGCCCAAAUACUGGCCGGUGGUAGAGGAAAAGGCCAUUUCAACAACGGAUUCAAAGGUGGAGUACACAUUACGCAAAACCGCAAUGAAAUAGAAGACAUCGUUAACAGAAUGCUAGGUUACAAACUAAUAACGAAACAAACACCGAAAGACGGUAUAGAAGUAAACAAAGUAAUGGUGGCCGAAAGCGUGAAUAUAACGAGAGAAACGUACGUUUGCAUCCUAAUGGACAGACAGAAAAACGGACCAGUAAUAAUAGCCUCCCCGGCAGGCGGUGUAGACAUCGAAGCCGUAGCAGAAAAAACCCCUCACUUACUAAAAACCCUCCCGAUAGACAUCUUCGAAGGCGUCACCGACAAAAUGGCCGACGAGCUGGCCGACUUCCUGCAAUUCAAAGGCGAACUGAAACCCAAAGCCAGCGAGGAACUAAAAAAACUGUGGAAACUGUUCGUGGCCGUCGACGCCACCCAACUCGAAAUCAACCCUCUAGUGGAAACCGACGACAACAAAGUCAUCUCGGUCGACGCCAAAUUGAACUUCGACGACAACGCGAAGUACCGGCAGAAGGAGGUGUUCGAGAUGGAGGACGUCUCCGAGAGCGAUCCCCGCGAACUGGAAGCCUCGAAGUACAAUUUGAACUACAUCGGCAUGACGGGGAACAUCGGGUGUUUGGUGAACGGGGCCGGCCUCGCCAUGGCCACGAUGGAUAUAAUCAAACUGCACGGGGGCGACCCCGCGAACUUCCUCGACGUGGGCGGCGGCGUGAAGGAGGAGCAAGUCAAGGCGGCUUUUAAGAUCAUAACGUCCGAUCAGAGCGUGAAAUCGGUGCUGGUUAAUGUAUUUGGGGGCAUCGUUAAUUGCGUCACCAUCGCGAAUGGGAUUGUGGGAGCUUUGAAGACGAUGACGCUGAAGAUACCGUUGAUCGUGAGGUUGGAAGGGACUAAUGCGGUUGAAGCGAGGAAGAUCAUCAGCGGCUCCGGAUUGAAUAUCAUCACCGCGGAUAAUCUCGAUGAUGCUGCCCGGAAGGCUGUUAAAAGUAUUUAAUGGACGAGGUCGGUAUACACACUUUGCAUUUCAAUUAAUUUUACUCGAUUAGUUCUGUUUUAAUAUAUAUUUUUUAUGAAUAAAUCGAUUAUGUUUCGUUCACAUGUUCCUGUAGGAAUAACACAAGAAAAACUCGUUAACAUUUAAAAAUGGUGAAAAUAUAUUUGGUUACUUUUGUCAUGCACAAAUUAAAUACAAAUAAGUAAUUUUUAUACACAGGGUAACUAUUUAGAAGUAAUCAUACUGACGAAUUUUAUGAUACAAAACUUUUUGUUUAAAAUGGCAGAUAAAAGUGAAUGUACUAUUUGAUUUCAUUUAAUAAUUUAUGAAUAAGAGACGUCUUUACCUUUACUUACGUAAUUUUUUUUGUGAGUAUAUAUUUAUAAAUUACAUUGAGAGUGUAAAUAUUGUUGUCAAAAAUCGAUAGCUAGAUAAUGCAGGUUAAAAUACUGCAUUUUAAUUAUUGCAUUUAUUCCUUAAUAUUAAUACAACAGCAAAAGUACGAAUCACACUUUUAUACAAAACACCAAAUUACUUUUCAUAUCAAAUUAUUCUACAUUAUCGAUUGUAUGUUAACUAUCAUAGUUUAAUUACGCAUUAAUACCAAAUAAUAAUAAGCAAUUCUAAAAAUCAAUCAUAAAACUUAUGAAAAAUUCCAAUUCAAUAGUGCCCCUUAUAAACCAAGUUAUAAUCUCAAUUUUUCAAGAAUAUUCUCAAAUACGACUAGAAUUACUUUAAUUUAAGCUUAUAAUAGGCAUUAUUAAAAAAAUGUAGGAAGAAAACGAAUUUCAAAAGCGCCACAAACCAAACUCAUUGCUCAAAAUUUUUACAAAUUGCCACUUAAUUACAUUAUCGACUGAAUUAAUAGUAUUUAAAAUUGUUAAUAUUUAUUAUAUACAAUUAAGAUUGCAUUGACGAAACGAAUUGGCAAAAAAAUUGAAAUGAAAAAGUACAAUGGUGAAAUGUAAACUUAAUUUUAUAAACCCAAUACAAUUAAUUUUAACAUAAAUAACGAAUAAAAAUAUUCUCAAAACCUUUUUUUCGAACAAAUCUAUCGACAAAAUGAAAUAUACAAGUAAAUUAGAUCUCAAGACUAUUACAGUGAACAAUAAUAAGUAAAUAAUUAUCGUUGGAAAUUUCGCGUUUUUGUCGAUAACAGAAAUUCAAAAGGAUGGAUUCAAAAUGUAUGAUUUACUUAAAUGAAACGUACAAGUUUCGAAUAACGUGCUGCACAAGAAGCUUUUGCAUUUACAACUUACUAACACAAUCAAAUCCACGAACACCACACAUACAGUACACACCAAAGUAGCAUUUAAUACUGAAAUAAAUAGAGAAAAUUCAUAAAAUAGUAGCUGACAAGUGCAUGUUAAUGGAGGAAAAAUCUGACUAUAGAUACGACAAAAAAAUGAAGAGGUGCAUCUUAAGUACACGAGUCUAACAAAGACAGUUAAAAAAAUUUGUUAAAUAUAGCGGCCUUUUACUAUGUAAAAAAUGGUUAUUUCUUGCGGUGAACGCAAGGAAUAAUUUAAAAUAAGACAUUCCUCUAAAAACAUUGUAUAAAAUCGAUUCCAUCUUUUUGAACCUAAUAAAUAAACGUAGUUUAAUUGAAUCCCUACACACAUUUUAUAAGAAUUAGAAUUCUUUAAAAAUAAAAAAAAAACAUAAUAUUAAGCCGAUUAUCGUAAUAUACUUCUUUUCCUCAAAGCCUCGAAACUUUUAAACGCUUGGUAACGGAUUAAUUCUUCCAUCGCAGUACGUUCAUAAUUUGUAUGUAUUGUCCUUAAUAUUGUACAAAAAAAAAUGUAAAUUCCUUAAAUAUUGUCCCCGAUAAUCGAAAAAAGGGAAAUGUGCGCGCGCGUGUGUAUAUACAAAUUAUAAAAAUACUCGGCAAUUCGAGAAAAGUUAAUAAAACAUUGUGAUGUUUUCGUAGUGAUAAGGCCCGAAAAACUUCACUAAUCCACACAAAGCACAUCUAAUAUCUGAAUAUAAAUUAAUAAAAUAUAAUCAUACUAAACACAAUUCAUAUCACACAUUCAAAAUGUUUUGUUGUCUUUCGUUAAAUACAAGCAUCUCAGUCUUAUAUAUGCGCUUAUCGUUCAAUAGUAUCGUUACUAUUAAGCUUGUUAGAAUACGGACAGUGAAGGCUUUGCGGUCAAAAUCUUUCGAAUUCCAAAUGACUAAAACAAAAAAAAGAAGCAUUUUUCCUAUUUAAACUUCCGUCAACUUCGGUUGCCCUCCACUAGCCUUCUUAUUGAAAAUGCCGCCGAGGAACCCCUGGUGAUUGUGGAUCCCCGCCUUACCCAACUGCUUCCCCGCUAAUUUAUCGGAUCUCGAACAAGAGCUCGCCGAUGUCGAUUGAAAUGAAACCGACAUUCCGCUAUCCAACGAUCCGACGCUACCUCUCCGUUGAGCCUUCUCUCCUGCAA